CGCGCUGAGUCUCUCCUUCUUUCUGCUGCCUCUCAGUCCAGCUGCACCUCCGUCCGUUCCUCCAGCUCUACAAUGCACAGAGGCCCGAUGCUGGCUGCGUGUGUGCUCUGCUGGAGCUGCACCGUGAGCGUGGUGACCGCCAUCCAGAGGGCCGAGAUGUUCCCGUACGGCUCCCUGAGCGGGGACUUCAUUCUGGCUGAGGGCGACGAUGAGACGUCCAGAGUCCUGUCUCUGCCCAAACCUCUGUACUUCUACGACUCCCUGUUCUCGCAGCUCUAUGUGGCCACCAAUGGGAUCAUAUCGGCCCAGGACCUGCCGAUGGAAAAGCAGUACGUUGACGAUGGCUUCCCUACGGAUUUCCCCGUGGUCGCCCCGUUCCUAGCCGACAUCGACACCAGCGGCGGGCGAGGGCAGAUUUACUACCGGGUGACGGAAACACCCAGCGUGCUCAACAGAGUCGCCCAGGAAGUCCAUCGGGGGUUCCCAGAUGCAAAGUUCACACCCACACACGCUGUCGUGGCAACAUGGGAGAACGUUGCAGCUUACGAGGAGCAAACUCGAACCACUGGGUCUUCCAACAAGGUAAGGUGGCUUCAGGAAUGGACGCUGAUAAGUCCAGUGUCCGCCAUGUAA